AUGCUGGAAAUCCUGCGUCAUAUUCCCGCUCCUGUGGUCAUCAUCACUGCAGCAUAUGGUGAUGCCAACGACGACGACUUGCAAGUUAGAGGAAUGACAUGCAGCAGCUUCACAAGCGUAUCUUUGGAGCCGCCGUUUAUCUCGGUGUGCUUGCGCAAGAACUCCCUCAUGAUGCAGGUGCUGGAGAAGUCGACUGGAUUCGGCGUGCAUCUGUUGAAUGAAGAGAACAAGCAGAAGGCCGGUGACUUUGCUAAGCCUCAUGACACAGGGAAAGGACCUUUCAAUGAGGCUGCAGGUAAAUGGGAACUGGUGUCACUCCGCGACUACAUGAGUGAAGUACCUCCGAACCACCCUGAGGGGCAGCAGGAUCCUGACGCGGUCAAGGGUGUGCCAGUGUUGCAAGAGAGCGCGUCGCUUGCGCAACUGAUUCUGAUGGCGGAAGCGCAGGAGCAACAACCACUAGAGAUGGAGCAGCAGGAGCAACAGCGGGAGGAGGAGGAGGUGGGGAAGGAGCGGGAGGUGGGCGUGGAAGUCGACAUGACGGCGCCCGUGACGGCGUGGGACAUCGAGCGCGCAGGAGGGCUAGGGGCGCGGGAUGACAUCGCGUCUCCGCUGCCCGUGGCCAUGGACGCUACGGACCUCGAGGAAUCUAUCAACGCCGAGCUUUAUCCGGAACUCGCAGAGAGCGAGGAGGAGGCACGCAUGGGCAGCACAGAUCCCUCAGCCCCAGCAAUCCAUGUGGGUGGCUCGUUCGAUGCUGCUGCCGCUGCUGACCCGGAGGAGGCAAGGCGACAGCUGGAGAGCAGAUUUGUACACGGGGGGCAGGGUGGAGUGUAG